AUGCAGCGACUGAUCGUCGGGCUGAUGCUGAGUCUGCUCGCACCAGUUGCGCGCGGUGGGGCCGAAACUCCAAAGUACCUGGUUUACCCACCCCCGGCUGACGGUGCACCCACCAAAGUUCAGCUGAUUCUCGGUCUCGGUCUGCCGAUGGAGGGCGCCGCGAGCACGAUAAUCGGCUACGUGAUGAAGAGCAACUACAACCUGCCCUACAACGCGUCCUAUUACUUUGCGGACCAGAACUCGUACGAUCGCCAGCAGAGAUCGACGGAAGACGGGAGUCUCGCGAGCAGGUACGAAGUUUACAAGCUGCUCGAGUCGGCGUUUCGAGGCGAGGGGAAGGCCUGCCUCCUGAGGGCCAUCUGCGAGGCAGCCUCGACGCCCCUGAACACCAGUGGCCUCUUUGCUCAGCUGCUUCACGUGUUCCUGACGCCAUCCAGUACGGAAGAGAGCUUUGUCGAGGCGACGGACCAGGAGUACCUGGUGGCUGAAUUGAUUGGUCGUGGGCAGAGGGUGGAGGGACAAGGGAGAGCAGACGCUUGCGCUCACGCGUUCGGGGACUGCGGCACGAGUGUUUUGGAGCAUCUCAGCGUGAUUCAUUGA